CUAUGGAUUAAGUCUUCCUUCUUGAUAUGAUGCAGUAAGGAAGUUUGUUCUUGGAAUCAUUCUUGGUGACAGAACAGUGUUUGGAAUUUAUGAAUAUUGGACAAGAGAGAAAUCAGAAUUCAUUGAAAUGUAUUGAUGGAUCAGUGAAAUGUGAUCAGAAGUUUAUGAGGAGUUAUGGCCCCUGUGUAUAAGGGACAUACUUUGAUCUGAUUGUGAUGAGUUAUGGCCCUUAUUUACAAGGGAUCUAUUUAUAUCUGAGUGUGAGGAGUUAUGGCCCCUGUAUAUAAGGGAUCUAUUUAUACUUGAGUGUAAUGAUUAAUACACUCAAACGUUUGUCACUGCCCUAUAGAAGGACAAAAACUGACACAUCGGUAAUACCAAAACGACGUUCAUGUGAACCGGUAGCACCAGUAGCACCUUCAUCAUAUUCCUUUGUUAACAGUCAAGAAUGGACACUCAGUCGCUCAGUCCCAGAUCUCAAAUUGGGAAUUUUGGGAAGUGUUCACAGUGGGAAGUCGGCCCUGGUUCACCGGUACUUGACUGGUUCUUACAUGCAGGAGGAAUCACCAGAGGGAGGACGAUUCAAGAAGGAGGUGAUCAUUGAUGGUCAGAGUUAUCUUCUCCUGAUUCGAGAUGAAGGGGGUUCCCCUGAGUUACAGUUUACACAGUGGGUGGAUGCGGUGAUUUUUGUCUUUAGUCUGGAGAAUGAGAUGAGUUUCCAGACUGUGUAUAGUUACUAUGCCAAGAUGUGCCAUUACAGGAACUCAGCAGAAAUCCCACUCAUCCUGGUCGGAACUCAAGAUUCAAUAAGUGAGAGUAACCCUCGCGUGAUUGAUGAUACCCGUGCCAGGAAGUGUGCGACAGACCUGAAGCGCUGCUCCUACUACGAGACUUGUGCCACGUAUGGACUCAACGUGGAAAGGGUGUUCCAAGAUGCAUGCCAGAAGAUAGUCCAGGUGCGGUACCCCUCCCUACCCUCCACUAUUCCCAGUAUGCCCCCAGUCCCCAGCACCCCCAUCCACGCCCAUCGAGCCUACUACAUCAGCCAGCCGGUCGCCAACAAACCAUUCGACACCCACAGUACCAGUAGUCAGUCCACCUCAAGCUCUGGAACCUUAGUCAGCAGCAACACACCCAACAGCAGCACACAGAAUGUGGCACAGGUACAGCCAAAUGUGAAGGAAAUGUCUAAAGACACCAGAGAGAAGUCAGAUAAGAAGAAGGAUAAGCAAGCACAGGAUGCGGAUCAGGGAGAUAGGGUAGACCUAGCCACCUCCACACCACUGUCCGCCCGUAAAAACAAGAAAUCCUCCAUUAUACAGAAGUCCAAUUCCUUCAGUUCAUUAAGCCUUUUACAAGGUGCGACCGAUAGCCGCCAUUCCAAUACCUCAGUGACCACCCCUAUUCUCCAUCGGAAAAAUUCCAAGUUUUUAAAAUCCAGCUUUAAGACUCCUGACAGUGAAAUGGGAUCGUAUUCCUUCAUCAAGGAUAAAAUGGAUAAAUAUCUGAUGGAAUUAGAAAUUCACGAGAACACGUCCCCUGUCACUCCGACAGCCUCGCGAGUUUCCAACAAGGGGCGAUCCAGCCUAGUUCUUGAAAAAUCCGAUAGCAAAGAUCUGCCGACUCCAAGCAGUACCCCUACUCAGAGUCGAAAAAACCGUCGCAGGUCUAACCUGUUUAAUCCUAAAAAUAAAGAGGACGAGAAAAAGGGGGCAUCUUUGGAGGCGGAGAAACUGGGAAGUGGGCGUGUCAUCCCAAUCAAACAGGGGUACCUAUAUAAGAAGAGUCAUGGUCUGAAUAAAGAGUGGAAGAAGAAAUACGUCACUCUGUUGGAUGAUGGAAGACUAACCUACCACCCUAGUCUACAUGAUUACAUGGAUGAUGUCCAUGCAAAAGAAAUAAACCUGAUCCACACAACAGUCAAAAUUCCCGGCCUUCGGCCUCGUACAACCAAGACCGUUCCUGUCUACCCAGCCCAACACCCCAACCAAGACGCUAAAGGUGAAAGUAAAACUAGCUUCUCCUUGAGUGGGAAGAAUAAAGAUAAGGAAAACGUUCGUCUAACAGGAUUUGAUGUCAUUCGCGAGCGUCACAACUCCAAUUCGGAUGCCCCAUUCAUUAAUUCAUUAACAGGUGCUAUUGAAGGUGUUGCCAAUGGUGAUGGAAUUUUGUCCAAACUAAAUGGGAACAGCAUAGGGUCCAAGAUAGAAACUCCGAAUGUCAAAAAGCGCCAUCGGAGGGCGAAGAGUGGCGGACUCAAAAACGUCGGGGAUGGAGAUGAUUCAGAUGGUUAUGAAUUCAUGAUUGUCUCCCUUGAAAAUAAACAGUGGCAUUUUGAAGCUGGGGAUUCCCAGGAGAGGGAUGAAUGGAUCAAUGCAAUAGAACAACAGAUUCUAAAUUGCCUCCAGGGAAAUGAAAUCAGCAAGUCUAACAAACGCAGCACACCAUCCGAUCCAGCAGGGAUGCAAGCAAUACGCACAGUCAGGGGAAACAACUCAUGUGCUGACUGUGGAGCUCCAAAUCCUGACUGGGCCAGUAUUAACCUAGGAACAAUAGUGUGUAUAGAGUGCUCAGGGAUCCACAGAAAUCUAGGGACUCACCUGUCACGAGUCAGAUCACUAGACUUAGACGAAUGGCCGCCUGACCUAGUUAGAGUAAUGAUGUCUAUAGGAAAUGGCAUAGCUAAUAGUGUAUGGGAACAUACCUUAAAGAACAGAUCAAAACCAGGCCCCACUUCUCCUAGAGAUGAAAAGGAGAAAUGGAUACGGGCCAAAUACGAAGCAAAAGAAUUUUUGCCCCCUCCCCCUUACUUAGAUAUAGCCCUUAACCAGCAAUUAAUAGAUGCAUUAGUGAGAGAAGAUAUUAGGAAUAUUAUUCUAGUGCUGGGCCACAGUCGGCCGGAGGAUAUUAACUGUCCAUACAGUAAGGACGACGGACGGACGGCACUCCACAUCGCGGCAGCCCUAGGGAAUGUGGUUUAUGUUCAGCUUCUCCUUUGGUACAACGCCAAUGUGAAGGUGGUGGACCACGAAGGCAGAAAUGCUCUGUGGUACGCAAGGAGUUCGGGUUCUAAUGAGUGUGUGGAACUACUUAUGAACAAUGGCUGCCCAGAACACCCAACAUUACCAAGGCGAAGGGGAAGCAGUGCUCAAGCCGGAAAAAAUGACGUUUUUGAAAAAUUACCCGCCAGUGUUAUUUGAGUGUUACCAUGGUGACUCUGCUUGUUUACUGCCAAUGUCAACCAUAGUCGUACUUUUCUUUGUGGACUAGAGGUGAAAUUGUGAAGAAGUGUGAAAUCCAUGUCUAUUAGUACACAAAUGGCUCAAAUGUUCUUUCUUAUUAUGGAUUACAGCUAGACAAAGAGAUUGAUAAUUUAUAUCGGGAUAAAUUUUGAAGAGCAAACACUUUCUGUUAUGCCAUAUUUUACAUUUGUUUUAAAAUGAAUCUCAAAAGUUGAAUAGGAUUAAAUGCAUAUCAAUAGGAGAAUGCAUUGUUUAAAAGUAUCGUGUUGGUUGUCAAGAAAUUUUUUCGUGAUACGAGUUAGCAGUUGUAAAAUUUUAGAAGUUCCACACUGGCUUUAGUGAAAAUCUAUAUGAGUCAGUAUAUCAACUUAUUUACUGCAAUACAUAUAUUUUAUUUAUAGAAAUAUAUCAAUGACGUUGUCGAUAUUUAUUGAGCGAUUGUGAGACCUUUUACCUGUACAUGUAUGACGAUUGCAGGCUUAGGUCAGUUGAAAUGAAGGUUGAAAGCGUAGAAUUUUUAAAGAACAGUUAAGUGUUAAUUUUUGAUAACAGUAUUUAUGCAUGUAACAAUUUUUUGCAGAUUUAGAUUUAUUGAUAUACCAAUACUUGCUAUAUUUCCUAGAUAAACUCUGUAUAUCAGUAUUUAAAUAUGCACAAAGUCUAUUAGGUUACCUUGGUAAAUCUAUAUUGUGUUUCUCAGUCUUUGUGCCUUUGUUAAGAAAACCUCUUUUUAUAUUUUAUUAGAAUGUCAUUGCUUAAAGUCUCCAGUUUUCAAAACUUUUUAAGUUCUUGUAAGAUUUGUCAGGUUGUGAUGCAAAACCAUGUUUAUUACUGUAAUAUAUCACAGAAAAAAGGCAAAAGAAAUGUUAUUGUAUAGGAUAAGAUUUAUCUAACACUGGGCUCCCUAACUUUUUUUUAUUUCGUAAAACAUAUCCAAGCCUGUACCCAGAGUAAAAUUCGGAGAGACUGCAGUUUAUUUCUCGUCAUUAUGUACAUAGGCUGAUGAUUUGUCCGAGGAAAUGCAUCGUUUGAUAUCGUUGGCCCUGUCGGCAAAUAUGUGCAAUAUGUGCUUCUGUUGGCAUUACUCAGCAUUUGAUGUCAGUAUUUCAGUAGAUUCUGACCAAUCAUUUUCUUCAUCCAUGAAGCAUGGUUCUGAAUGAUUUAAAUGCUAAAAUCAUGUAUUUUUAAAUCAGUUUUACAAUAUAUUGUAUCAGAUAGGAAUAAAAUGCAAGGUUAAUAGUUGGAAACAAAGUUUAGUCUAUAUACUUGUACCAUAAUUGUUCAAAACCUUUUGCUUUUUUUUGAAAUUCUAGACUAAUGUGUAGUUGUGAACUUUAACAUUUUUUAUGCAACAUUUUUGGCCUGGAUGAAUGAUUGUUGAUUUGCAAGGACUGUCAUGUUUAUAACACUUUUUGUAAAAGAACCACAAUGUCUCAUUCUAGUAGUUGACCAAAAAUGACAAACUCUAGCAAAAAUCUUGCCGCUGUUUCUCGCUGAAUACUCCACAGUACAAUCCCAUGCUUAUAAUCACGCUGUAGUCCCGUCAUCCAUUGAACAGCUGGAGUGAGUGCCAGUGUACGAAUGAGAGAGUUUCAUUGAUAGGUUCCUUGUGUAUGUAUUAGUGUGAACAGAGGUCACAGAAUUAAAGAUAUGGAAAUCUC